UCGAGAGAAGCGGGAGAGAGAAAAAAUACUUUUCUUUCACAGACCUUCCCUGUGUGUGAAUCUCUCUUUGUUCAUCCAUCUGCAUCGUUCCUUGCUUCUUUCACCUAUCUAGUCAGAACCUACUUUCCCUUUUCGUAAAUCCAUAAAAUCCACAAACGAUUUUCUCUAAUCCAUUAAGAUCUGACUCUGAAUUUUCUAAAUUUUUAGGGUUUUACAGAUAAAAAAAAAAAGAAGAAAAGAUGAUUCAUCUUUUGUUUACAGUGAUCGGUUGUGAGAUGAUUUUGAUUGUGCUUUUGUUGUUUAAAACCCCAUUAAGGAAAUUAGUAAUAAUGGGUCUAGAUCGUGUGAAACGUGGUCGUGGACCUGUUAUGGUGAAAACUGUUGCAGGAACUGUUUUCUUGGUGUUGGUUUCAAGUGUUUAUAGUAUUAUGAAUAUUCAGGAACGUUCUGUUGAAGGUGGUAUUGUUAACCCUACAGAUCAGGUCUUAAUGUCUAAACAUCUUCUGGAAGCUUCCAUUAUGGGAUUCUCUCUUUUCCUCGCAUGGAUGACAGAUCGUCUGCACCAUUACAUCAGGGAACUCAGCCUGUUAAGGAAAAGCAUGGAGGCUGUGAAGAAACAAAGCAGAGGUUUUGAUGACGCAAAGAAUGGAGCUUCAGAGGAAGCGAAAGCCAUGGAGGAAGAGCUCACCAGUUUGAAGGCGAAAGUUAAGAAGUUGGAAUCCGAGUGUGAGACAAAGAAAAAGGAUGUUAAAGCAGCAGAAGCAAACACAGAGGCUUUGAGGAAGCAAUCAGAAGGGUUCCUUCUCGAGUAUGACAGGCUGUUGGAAGACAAUCAGAACCUCAGGGAGCAAUUACAGUCACUGGAUCGUGGUUUGUCACAUUCUGAUUCCAAGAAGAACCCAUAGUGAACCCACCAUUUUCUACAGAACGGGUAAUUAAUUUUACUUAAAUGUUUUUAGGUGUUGGCUUGGAUUUUGAGGAUUAAAGAUAAUGAUGGUGUACAUGAGUCAGUUUGGUAAAAAAUGCAUAUCAAUGAAUUGUUAUGUCACAUAGUAAAAACUAAAUGUUUCAAGUGAUUAACUCAUCUUGGGAUCAUCUUUGGAUUCAUGACUUGGUCUGUGUAGAUUAAUAUCUGCUUAUAAUGCACCCGUGGAACAAGUAACCUGUAUGAUUCUAAGACUCGAUUAUUGUUUAUUUGUAGGAUUAAUAUCUGCUUAAUCUACAUGUUUUUGUGUUUCUUCA